GUUUAUCUAGUGCCUAGAACAAUAGCUGGCCUACAGAAGUCAGAUGGUGUUAUCAUUAUGACCCUGGAAAUGAAGACUUGGAUUGUAUUUAAACUGGAUCCUUUCCAGUGAUGACAGCUGCGCUGACCUCUCCUCUCUGGUGGCUUUGUCCUGAUUCGCGACUACGGUGAGCCCUUUCAGGAAGCAAUGCGGUUGGACCUGGUUAAGGAGAGGCUGAAUACGGAAGUGUACACGGUGGCAUAGUUUGUGCGGGACAUGAGCCUGAUCUUCCGCAACCAUAAAACAUUUCACAAGGCUUCUGACUUUGGCAAGGCAGGACUUGACUUAGAGGCAGAAUUUGAAAAAGAUCUCAAAGACGUGCUUGGUUUUCACGAAGCCAGUGAACGUGGUUUCUGGACUCUUCCUUUACCCUGUUCUGAAAAGACUGAAGCAUCGCAACCUCAGGAUUCAGCUGAUGGGACCCUGGCUUGGACUGUUAAUUGCCCAUGAGUCUGGGAUGUAAUUGGCUGCCCUCAGGACCCAAACCCAGACCCUUCAUAGGAUUAUCACACCCUCCACCACCUUUAUUCUUUCAUUUUACCUUUAAAAGGCUAUAUUCACACUAAAAAAACAAAAUUAGUACUUCCUUCAUACCAUCAGAUACCCCAUCAUAGUUCUCAUAGUUCACAUUCUCUCCACUGUCUCAGAAGUCUUUUUAGAGUUGAUUUGUUCAAAUCAGGAUCUAAACAAGUUGCACACAUUGCAUUUGGCUCACCUGUCCCUAUGUCUCUUUUAAGCUAUAAAUUGUCAUGUAUUUAUUGAAGAACUCAGGGUUUUGGUCCUAUUACAUUUUUUGCAAUCUGGAAUUUUCUGGUUGCAUUUUCUUAGUGGUAUAGUCCUCUCUUCCUCUCAUUUUUUGUAAGCUAGAAGUUAGAUCUAGAAGCUUGCUUUAACUCAAGUUUUGAGGGGUUUGUUUUGAUUUGGGGUUUUUUGGGC